UUAAAACUAGCAUAAAAUAAGAAGGAUAGGCUCUUGGUCCACAAUGAGUACUAGCCAUAUGACACUUUCUUUUCUCGUCUUGUUCAUUUUCAAAUUUCAAGACGUGACUGCGUUCGCUACAACAGCAAGACACUUGUGUCGUCCGGGACAAAGGAAUGUGCUUCUUGAAUUCAAGAAAGUGUUUGAGAUUCGGAGGUCUUCUUCGAAGCUUUGUAAUAUUAACGGUCGCAUAGUAGGCUCAUAUCCGAAGACAGAGUCAUGGGGAAAUAACAGCGACUGUUGUUAUUGGAGUGGUGUCACGUGUGAUGCCAAGUCUAAAGAUGUGAUCAAGCUAGACCUCAGUUGCAGCUGCCUCCACGGCCGGUUUCAUUCCAAUACCAGUCUUGUUAGGCUUCAAAACCUUCCUUCUCUUAAAACUCUGGACCUUUCUAAUAAUUAUUUAUAUGGUCAAGUCCCGUCCUCAAUUGGGAAACUCUCUCGUCUCACCUCUCUUUCUCUUUCCAAUAACCGUUUUUCGGGUGAGAUUCUACCUUCAGUUGAAAAUAUUCCUCGUCUCUCCUUUCUCCGUCUUUCGAACAAUCUGUUUUCGGGUCAGAUUCGGUUAUGGAUUGGAAACUUUUCUCAUCUCACGUUUCUUGACCUUUCCUCUAAUCAUUUCGCUGGUCAAAUUCCAUUUUCAAUAGGAGUCCUUUCACAACUCACGUCUCUCAGUCUUUCUGAUAAUCAAUUUUCAGGUCAGAUUCCAACUUCACUUGGAAAUCUUUCACACCUCACCUCUCUCGAUUUCUCUAGUAAUCAGUUUUCGGGUCAGAUUCCGUCUUCACUUGGAAAACUUUCACAUCUCACCUAUCUCCAACUUUUUGACAAUCAGUUUUCAGAUCAAAUACCUUCUUCGGUUGGAAACCUUUCUCAUCUCACCUCUCUCCAUUUUUCUCAUAAUCAGUUUUCAGGCCAAAUCCCAUCCUCAAUUGGAAAGCUCUCUCGUUUAACUUCUCUCGACUGUUGCGAGAACAGUCUGGUUGGUCGAAUCCCAUCUUCUUUUUCACGUUUGAACCAGUUGACCAACUUGGUUGUUAAUUCCAACAAGCUCAGUGGUAAAUUUCCUAUUGCACUACUAAAUUUGACGAAGCUAUCCCACUUGUCACUCUCCAACAACCGAUUCACUGGAACUCUUCCUCCAAACAUCACUACUUCACUAUCCAACUUGGAGUUUAUUUCAGCUUAUGACAACGCUUUCGUUGGACCCCUCCCUUCUUCUCUCUUCAACCUCCCCGCUCUGACAUCUAUUUAUUUGACAAAUAACCAACUCGAAGGAUCUCUCAAGUUUGGGAAUACAUCUUCACCAUCAUCUAAGCUACGAGUGUUAAGCCUCGGCAGUAAUAAAUUUAAGGGUCCAAUCCCGAGUUCCAUUUCCAAGCUAGCCAAUCUUGAGGUGCUCGACAUCUCCCAUUGGAACUCCCAUGUUGACUUUAGUAUCUUCUCGCUUCUCAGGUCGCUCCAACGUCUUUACUUAUCCCAUCUGAGGGCAACGCCUAGGAUUGACUUGAGUGCAAUUUUGUCAUGUUUCAAGUCUCUCGAUUUGUUAGAUCUCUCAGGAAACCAUGUUUUUUUAGCCACAAACAAAACUACGGUUUCAGAUCUUCUUCCCUCGGUAGUGAUAAGUAAUUUGAACCUGUCAGGCUGCGGUAUUACCGAAUUUCCAGAGCUUCUAAGAACACAGACACUACUGCAGACUCUGGACAUUUCCAACAACGAGAUUAAAGGCCAAGUUCCUGGUUGGUUAUGGAUGCUACCAAAUCUUGGUUACUUGGAUCUCUCCAACAACACUUUCAUUGGUUUUGAAACAUCAACGAUCCGCAAACUAUCAUCUGUCCUGGGGCACCUGUUUGGCUCCAAUAACAAUUUCUCCGGAGAAGUUCCUUCUCUCGUAUGUGAGUUGCACUCUCUAAGAACCCUCGAUUUAUCGAACAACAACUUCAGUGGCUCAAUCCCUCUCUGUAUGGGAAACCUCAAGAGUACUCUUUCAGUUCUGAACGUGCGUCAGAAUCGUCUUAGUGGAUGUCUUCCAGGGAAUGCAUUUGAAAGUCUAAGGUCGUUUGACGUCGGUCAUAACCAACUAGUUGGAAAGCUUCCGAGAUCGUUGGUCAAUUUCUCCGCUCUCGAAGUUCUAAACGUGGAAAGCAACAUGAUCAAUGACACGUUUCCGUUCUGGUUGAAUUCUCUACAAGAGCUGAAAGUUCUUGUCCUACGCUCCAAUGCGUUCCAUGGACCAGUCCAUCAAGCCGCGUUCCUUAAGCUGCAGAUCAUCGACAUAUCACAUAAUCAUUUCAGUGGGAUUCUGCCAUCAGAUUAUUUUGUGAACUGGAGGAAAAUGUCAUCACGUGAGAGUGAGACGAACGAAGAUGGGUCCAAUCUAAAUUACAUUGGGGAAGGUUAUUACCAUGAUUCCAUGGUUUUGAUGAAUAAAGGGAUAAAGAUGGAGCUGGUCCGCAUUCUAGAGAUCUACACAGCACUCGACUUCUCCGGAAACAGACUCGAAGGAGAGAUUCCAAAGUCCAUCGGGUUAUUGAAAGAGCUUCACGUGCUCAACUUGUCUAACAAUGCUUUCACUGGCCACAUCCCAUCAUCUAUGGAAAACCUGACAGCUCUUGAGUCGCUUGACGUUUCUCAAAACAAUAUCUCAGGAGAAAUCCCACAGGAGUUAGGGAAUCUGUCGUACCUUGCGUACAUGAACUUUUCCCAUAACCAGCUUGUAGGUCUAGUGCCAGGAGGCACUCAAUUUCGAAGGCAGGCUUGCUCUUCUUUCAAAGACAAUUCAGGACUUUUUGGUCCUGCUCUUGACGAAGAUUGCAGUGAUAUCCACACGCCCUCAUCGCCACCAUAUGGAACGCUAGAGGUAGAGGAAGAAGAAGAAGAAGAUGUGUUCUGUUGGAUUGCAGGUGCAAUUGGAUUUGUACUUGGAUUAGCGAUUGGAUGCAUAUUGGUUUGUUACAAAACAGAGUGGUUCACGACUCCUUUUGGACGAAACAAACAAACAAGCAGAAGCACACCAACUCGUUAGAGAGCCUUCUUAAACCCAAGUUGAAUCAUUGAAAAGAAGAGAAUGAAGCAACUAAACAAAUGGACUGUUGAGAAAGAAGCUAUGGAAGAAUACAUUACUAUGUUUUUAGUAUGCUCUGUUUUUAGCUUGGUUUGUUCUUUUACUCUGUUUUUAGCUUGCUUUGUUCUCUGUAAUUGGACAAUGAACAAACUCUGCAUUCAAAGCACAAACUUAUUCCUAUUUAAUGGACA